UGAACAGCAACUGGCUUCUGAAAUUGCAGCAUUGAAAAAAGAGAUCGAAUUUUUAACACAUGAGAAGAACGUGAGCUCUAAGAUGAUAGAGCAACUAGAAUACACAAACAAUCUCCAAAAAUCAGUCAUUGAUUCGCAUCAGCAACAAGCAGCUCAUUCCACCAUGAAUCCAGUUAUGCUACCUUCGAGAUCAACUGCUUCCUCAACGCUAAGCUUUAGCGAAGCAGUCGAAAAAAUACCGAACAGGUCUUCUGUCUUGCUAAUCAAGUCUGACAGUAACUCUGGCAAUAACGAUAUUCUGCGGGAUGUAACAACUUCAGUAAAUCCUGCUAAAAUUAAUGUUUGCAUUAAUAACACGCACAAAAUAAGAAAUGGAAUUGCAGUUCACUGUCAAGAUGAGAAGUCACUUACGGUUCUCAAGAAUAGUUUGGAUAAGGAGCUUGGGUCCAAAUAUUCAAUCAUGGAAGCUAGAAAACAUAAUCCACGUCUCCUAAUCAAAAACGUUAACCUCGACAGUCUGGAUUCGCCCGAAUCGAUAAUCAAUAAUAUUGUAGCCUUAAACAAUAUUGAUGACACGCAUCAGUCUGACAUAAAAUUCGUUACCAAGCAUUACGAGAGCACAAAUAUCGUCAUAGAAGUAUCUUCUGACCUUAGGAAUAUCUUGUUAGAGAAAAGUUUCCUGUUCAUCGGAUGGAAGAAAUCGCCUGCACCUAAGGUGAACCCUGAGAUAACGGAAGCCAUAAUAGAAAUUUUCGCUCGCAGGGAUGCGUGCUUGGACUGUGUACAGCAACAUGUGAGUUGUUCAUUAACUGCAAGUGGCAAUACUCUAUUCUCUAGGUUCAAAGAAGGGAGAGGAGCGCAUGCUGGCAGAUAUUCACAUUAAAGCAAAGAACUCAAGAGUACUCUGACAGGUCUGACCAAGUUCACUAGGGCAGGCUAACCAGCUGAAAUCCAGCAAAUACUGUAUACACUGAAUGCAAAAUGCUGAAUGCACUGUACAAUAUCAAUAACUAAAUCAAUAAAACAUUCUCAAAUUAGUGGUUUGCUGCAGGAGCUCGUCU